AUGCCUGCCAGAGUACGCAGCUCGCUCCAAAGGAGCAUCGCGCGUCCCUUGGAAAGGGCUAGCACCUUUCCCUCCAAGUCCCCUUCAAUAUGUCGCCGAGCGCUGUCGACGCGUACCGCUCCGAAGACCUCUAGCAUUCGCAGGAUUGCGCAUGCGCGCCAAAAUGCUUGCCUUGCUCCUUCAAUCGUCUCGCCAUUUUCUCGCUCCUUGACUACCUCUACUACUAUAUCGACGGUCCCAUUGCGGUUCAAGGAGCUUCACGAUGCGCUGAGCGGAGUGAAGGAUGCGGCCAUUCAAGAAGUUAGCGUGAGUCGCUUACAACUUGCGCUGCGUGGAUUGGAGUCGGAGGAACCUUUGAUUCGUAUCGCAGUGCUCGGUCUUGAUAGUGUGGAUUCUGCGCGGAGGCUUGUUCGAUUGCUCCUUGCUGAUCCCUUAGGUCAGCGCGAGAGCUGGGAAGAUAUUCUUGAUGGUUAUGAGGGUGAUCCAUCUCGUGGGUUACUGAUUCGAUACGGCGAAAUCUCAGAAACUAUUCAUAACGACCUCAUCCCCACCGUUGCGGUUCGAUCACCUAUCUUAAAGAAUGGCAACCUUGAGAUCCUUGUCAGCUCUAUUGGCUCUGAGUCGAAUUCCACAGGAACGGCUCUCACAGCUGAUACCUUCCUCGUCCCCACCAUUACCAUCCCAAUAUCACAGACGGGACGCCAUAAUUUUAUCCGGUACCCAGUUCACCGAAGCAUUAUCUGCGGGAAGGGAGCAGAUGGACUUGUCGCAUUCAGUUCACUUAUUGGACAGUCAGAUUUAAAGAAUGAGGUGGAAUCAGUGCGCGGUGCUAUAGAGCUCUCUGUAGAACAACAGAGCAGUGGCGCAAGGCUGUCAUUUGUGGAUAUUGAACGGGCAACAAAAGCAUUGGAUGCCAUCCGGGAAUCCGUACAAAAUGCCACGGAGUACCAGCGUGGUUGGAGUGGAAGUGGAGUACAGCCAGUUAUCGAUUGGCUUGCAUCAACUUCCCAGACCACCAAGGAAAACGAGCUGAAUCCAGCAUUGGUCCCCCUGGUUGAGUCUUUACUGAAUGCCGCGGACGAGGGAAUUACCGCCCGUGAUUCCAAGGCUCUCCAGGAUCAAACAGUGGGUGUUGCCUCCCAAGAGGUCCGCUCCGAGCUUGAUCGUAGUGUCAUGACUUGGGCUGAGCGCGGACACUCUGAGCUGCGCAGCUCCCUCGAAGCAGGUUUCGCUGAUUCCCGUUGGCGGGGUCUAGCAUGGUGGAAGCUUUUCUGGCGUGUGGACGACGUGGGCAUGAUCACCUCCGAGAUUCUGGAGAGGCAAUUUCUCCGUCGCGCCGAGCGAGAGGCUAUCUGGUCUUCGGGCAAGUACCAGCAGGCUGGCCUGCUAGACGAACCCCGACCAUCUCCUGAAACCCCCUCAGAGUCUACACCUACCACACCGCAGUCAAUCAUCCCUCCAUGGCCAACUCAGAUCCCUGACAUGCGCACCAAACUGCUCACUACUACCGUCCCUGCUCUCCAGGCUCUUGCUCAGCGCCUCGUGCUCUUCAGUGUGUCUACCACUACUCUAACCUCUGCCCUCUCCGCCCUCACAUAUCUAUCUGUACCAUCUGCCUCUGUGUAUGAAUCAAGUACUAUCGCUGCAGUUGGUCUUAUCUAUUGUCUCCGUCGCCAACAGAAGAAGUGGGCCGCUGCCCGUGAAUUCUGGGAAGAGGAGGUCCGCGAAGAAGGCCGCACUUCUCUACGAGAGACCGAGGAUAUGAUGCGGAAGAUCGUCCGUGAGGGUGGUAAAGAGGUGGAAGAUUUAAGAGAUCAUCGUGCACGAGAAUCUGUUUCUCGUGCCCGCGAGGCUUUAGAGAAGAUGAAAGUUUGA